AGACCUCACAAAGACAAGAGUUCUCGAGACGCGGAAAACAUAUAGAGGGAAGGAAACACAUACCUCAAAAGCGCGAAACACAUACCGAAGAAGAGUAUAUUUUUAUUUUUCUCCUACAAAUUAAACACAGUAUGGUGUCUCAGAAGCUCGAGUUUUGCAUCGAAUUAGUGAAGAUGGCAGUCGUUCUUGUCGUCACCGUGGCUGAAUCGGUAGAAGAAGCUUUCCGUAAGCCUCAGCCGCCGCUUCCGGCAGUUCAUGACGGUCCCCGGAACAGUUACGCCAACGUUCCCAUUCCACUCGUUGGAUUCAUGUGAUGAGUUUUUUUUUUUUUUUUUUGCCUCGUUAAAGUUAGUAGCUCUCGUGCCAUUUGGCGUUUUGGAAGUUGUUGAUUUGUGUAUAAGUUUAACCGGAAGAAUCAUGAAGAGUUACAGAUGAAUAAAAACGUCGACUUUUAUAAAAAAAUUAAGUACUAAUCGGUUUAACUUUCUUUAAGAAUCUGUGAAGCUACUAAGCAUAAGUUUGAGUAACCAUGUUCUUUACACGAAUUCAGGUCUCAGUUGAAAAUUUGAAAUAUGUAACAAUGUUCAAAUUCAUAUAAUGAAUAGAUUGGUGAAGUUAACUUCCUUUCAAUUUAAAUUUACAUAUAUUUACAGAAAUAGGUUUCAUCUAGUUUUUUUGGGGAAAUUUAAAGCAAAGUGUUUUUCAUAAGAUAAAUUUUGAUUUUUAAUCUUCUCAUGAUCCAUAAGUCAACUUAGUUAGAUUAGUUAAGAAACAAUAGUUUAGAUACUCCUUGCAAAU